CGCGGGACAAACAGGGCCUCUCGCUAUUGUCACAAGUGACUGCAUCGCAGGUCGAGCCGAUCGCCGCCGUGCAGAAUCUCCCCUGCGCGCAGGCCAAGUUCAGCCCGGAUGGCACACUCGUGGCGGUUGCAGCAGCGGGUGGCGGCGUUUGUCUCAUUCACGUGCCGUCCGGCCAGCAGCGCCUGCACAUGCCUCUGGAGGGCGUGCAGGCGCUCGCCUUCUCACCCAAGGGCUCCUACCUGCAGGUGUUUCAGCGGCCCUCACCACCCCCAGCGGGCGGCGGCCAGGCAGAGCCCAAUCUGACGGUGCGGCGGGUGAGCGAUGGGGAGGUGGUGUGGCGGCAGGUGCAGAAGACGUUCAACUCUGCAGCAUGGCCCAGCCUGCAGUUCAGCGCAGAUGAGUCCGUGGCUUGCCGCCCGGUGAACGGCGAGGUGCAACUGUUCACCGGCGCUGACCUGGCGGCUGGCGUGGCCGCCCGCCUCAAGGUGCCGGGGAUGACGUCAGCACAGCUGGCACCCUCGCCCCCGUCUCACAUCGCUGUGUUUGCCCCUGAAGCCAAGGGUGCACCAGCCAGUGUGCGGAUUUUCACGCGAGACAGCGCCACCCCUUCCUCCUCCUCCUCUGCUGCCGCCCCACCCGCUCCCAUAGCGCGGCGCAGCUUCUUCAAGUGCAGCGCGGUGCGGCUGGUGUGGAACGUGGGGACCACUGCUGUGCUGGCAUGGACGCACUCUGACGUGGACAAGACCAAUCAGAGCUACUACGGCGAGUCGGGGCUGCACUUUCUGGCGGCUGAUGGGAGCUUUGAGGGCGCUGUGCCUCUGUCAAAGGAGGGGCCGAUUCAUGACGUGCAGUGGUCGCCCAAUGGGAAGGACUUUGUGGUGGUGCAUGGAUUCAUGCCGGCCAAGGCCACACUCUUUGAUAAUCGCUGCAAGCCUCUCUUUGACUUUGGCUCCGGCCCGCGCAACCUCGUGCGCUGGAGCCCACACGGCCGAUUCAUCUGUCUUGCGGGGUUCGGCAAUUUGCCCGGUGAUGUUGAGGUGUGGGAGCGCACACGACUGAAGCAGCAGGGGAAGGCCAAGGCACCGUGCGGAGUGUCAGCCGAGUGGAGCCCUGAUGGCCGGCACAUUCUUGUAGCAACCACUGCUCCCCGCCUCCAAGUGGACAAUGGCUUCAAGGUCUUCAAGUAUGACGGUUCUCUUCUGCUGCACCGACCAUACGGGCUGCUUUACGAGGCGGAGUGGGCGCCAGCACCAGAGGGCACGUAUGCCGACCGCCCUCCCUCACCCCGCUCCGCCAAAAAAGACCAAGCCUCACCAGUGCAGCCACCAGCCACCAAGCCAGCGCCCUACCGCCCACCCAACGCGGCCCUCAUGACCUCCACUUUCAGAGCACAGAUGUCAGGCGAGGACGACAAGCCACACAAGAUAGGCGCUCCAAAGAAAUAUAUCCCGCCUGGGGCGGAGGCAGCAGAGCCAUCAAAGAGUGCCAAGAAGAACGCCAAGAAGCGGGAGGCUGCCAAGGCCAAGAAAGAGGCAGCUUCACCUGAUCAGACGAGUCAAGGCAAGCAGGCGAACCAGCAGACACCCAGUGUGGCAGAACUCAGCAUUGACGACCGGCCCAAGGCACAGCAGGAGCAGCCGGCACCACAACCACAAGACGAGGCAGCAGAGAAGGCGAAGAGAAUGCGCAACCUGGGAAAGCGGCUGCGACAGAUUGAGGAGCUGAAGGCGCGUGUUGCAGCUGCAGGAG